UUCACUUGUGAAAUUUUGCUUACAGUGAGCAACACAGGCGACUUCCUGAUUCUUAUUCUUUUUCCUCUUCCUCUACAGGAAACCAACAGUUUCACCUAAUGGGUUUCCUUUGUGUUGGUGAUAUUCAACUGCCGUUAGUAAAGGUCUUGGCAGGUCUACUGAAGCUAAUAGCAGUGGAAGUGAAAUUCAUAGUCAUGGUGGUACUGUUUCAUAUGGGUUUACCUCUAUUCGUCGUUGAUAACAGUAUUAGUCAUCAACUCGGUACAGAUGAAGAUUUUAUCAUCUCAGGCGAGAAUACUAUUCUGCCUUUCCCAGUCACAGUGGAACCUAGUAUCCUAGAUGAAAUCAAGAAAAGGCUUCCAAUACUAGAAUUCGGUGAUUUUCUUGAUGCCUCAUUAGCAUCAGGCAAGUGUGUAGGUGAAGAUCAAGGCGAUUACUACUACUCGGACUCGUUAGAGUCAUCAUCAGAAUCAGAGACGAUUUGUGCAGUGUGCAUGAACUGUAUGGACAGAAGUCAUGAGAUGCGAAAAUUAUCAAAUUGCUGUCAUGUGUUUCACAGAGAGUGCCUUGAUAAGUGGGUUGACCAAAACCAGGUCACCUGUCCACUAUGUAGAUCUAACCUACUCCCCCACUCUCACCAUCAUGAGCAAAUUACUAGUAGUGCAGAGGAAACAAGCAGUAUUAAUGAGGAACAUAGUCGAGAUGCAUGGCUGGUGGAGAGGAUUUGUUACCUAUUUGGCGAGGAUCUUUUCUGACAAUAUUCCAUUCAUCACAAGUUUGUAACU